GCCAGAAUUAACCGGUAGAUGUAGGGUAACUACCGGUAGAAACUUCGAUCGUUCCAGAAUUAAUCGGUGGGGCACCACCGCAUGUUCCACUUUUAACCUACAAACCAUUGGUGUAUCACCGGUGAUCUACCAUACGCACCGAAUUAUUUUGGCGGUUAUUAAGCUACCAGUUUGCGCUAACCUUACUUUUUUGACUUAUUUGUAUAGCGUUAUUGCACUUGUCGAAGAAUGGAAUUGUUGCUGUAUACCGUCAUAAAAAAUAGAUGGGUUUUUAAAGAUACACAUCCAAAGCUAAAUGAAAGUGACAGCGAUGAAGGUGAUGAUGACGAUGAUGUACUUUUAUCUUUACUCAGAACAGACGAUCAUCCAAAGGUGCGACAUUAUGUAAAAUGUGUUGUGCUAAAGUACAAUCCUACAGACUUUCGGGCCCAUUUUCGUAUAUCAAGACAAUCAGUGGAGGAAGUAAUGCAGUGCCUGGGUACUAAAGACUAUUCGUCAGUAGGCAGACCCGCAUUGCCUUUAUUAGACUCUGUCUUGCUCAUGAUAUGGACCAUUAGCAAUCAAGAGAGUUUUAGGUCUAUUGCGGAUAGAUUUGGUAUUGGAAAAGGUCAUGCACAUCGUAUAUUCCUUUUGAUGUGCCAGAAAGUACAUAAAAAAAGCCAUCUCUAUAUUAAAUGGCCCAAAGGAGCAAAAGCUCAAGAAACCGUAACUGAGUUUAGUACAUUAAGAGGAGAAAAUAGUUUUCCAAAUGUGUUUGGUUGCGUUGAUGGCACACACAUUCCCAUUCCCGGUCCGUUAGCUGACAAUUCAUAUUACAAUCGAAAGGGCUUUCAUUCCGUGUUACUUCAAGGCAUAUGUAAUGCAAAGCAAGAGUUUAUUAAUGUGUAUUGUGGAUGGCCAGGAUCUGUGCACGAUUCUAAAAUGUGGCAAAAUUCAAAAGUCUACAAGAAAUUGGAAGAAGGUGCAAAUGCAAUGUUGCUGCCCGGCUGUUACCUGUUAGGAGACACUGCAUACCCAAUAAAACCAUAUAUGAUGGUGCCAUUUAAAGACAAUGGCACGCUAACAUUAAGACAACGUCGAUUUAAUGCCAAAUUAAGCAGUACCCGUGUUGUAAUUGAGCAAGCGUAUGGAAGACUCAAGUCCCAAUUUCGUCGCUUAAAAUACUUACCGAUGCUACGUAUACAGCAAAUACCUUACGUAAUAACCACAGCCUGCAUUUUGCACAACAUUGGUGUCAAGGAUGAUCCUGAAUAUUGUGGAAACAUAGAUGAAGAAGAAGGUGAUAAUAAUAUUGAGCACUAUGAUCAAGAAAUAGAAGAGAGUGGUUUAGAUCUUUGUGGUGUGCGUUUACGCAAUCAAAUAUUAAGUCAAAUGAAAUUUUAAUGUUAAUUUGUUAAAAACUAGUUUAUAUAAAAAC